AUGCGCCGGCCACGCUGCCUUGCACCGUUUCUCCCACUGGCGCUGCUCCUGCUGCUGUUGGCGAUGCACUGCGCCGGUGGGUGCCUCGCUGCCGCUCCCGCCCUGAAACACCGCUGCAACUUCGACGAAGUGAUGAGGAAGAAUGGCCCGCCGCCGAUGGCGGCAGUGCGUGAGGUGCCUCGCAAAGGACAGAGCGCGAUGCGGGCGUACACCGCUGCCACACGAGAUGCGGAGAGUGACUGGAGUCCGAUCCGCAUCAGGGCUUUCGUUGUUGGUGUGAACGACACCAGCGUGACCUGCAUGAAAGCGGGGAAUGUGGUUCGGAGCUACGGUGGAAGGAUGAGAUGUGAAAAGACGCACCUGUUGACGGAUGCGAAGAUAAAGACUCUUGAAGAUUCUCUUCUUCCCAGAGCCAUCAAGCUGCACACCGAC